UUUCUUCUAUAUAAUGCUACAUAAUCAUGUUAAGUGGUUCCAUUGCAAGUGAACAAGUGGAGCGAAGCAGAAGUACUUGAGGUAACAACUAACAAGGCGAUUUCAAAGUAAAAACAUGGCGGAUGUCCAAUCACAACGACAAGUGACUCGCCAGAUCAAAGCUCGUGUGGCUGUUGAUCUCAUCAAUGGAGAUGGUGAACAAUAUGCUGAUGUGUAUGGAACCAUAGCUGCUAGGGUUGAUUCGGGCCCCGAGAUUACAUUCUACGACAGGUCCCGACGUGAUGCUGAACUAGUGUCACCUGGGACGCCAAUUACCCUUAACAACGACAUUUUAAUGUCUACUUCGGCAGAACGCUUCACAGUUCGUGCAAACUUGAUGGACAGGGAUAAUGACCCUAGCCGGGACGAUGAAAUCGCAAAUGGCAGUGCCACAUUUAUAGUCAGAGGUGAUGGAUCAUCUGCUGCGGAAAGAAUUAAAGGACGAAAUGGCGAAAUAGAGGUCAGGAUACUUUGGUUUAACGUCGACUAAACUUGAAGAGUUGUCGACAUUCGACCCAUGCACCCAUAUAUAUGUAGUAUAACAUGCAUGCAUUAUCAGUUUAUCACUACUAAUAAAUAAAAAUUUACUGUUACAGUAGUACUGCAUGGGUGCAUAAAUAUACUUCCUCCGUUUCAUAAUAAGUGAAACACUUCUCUAUAAAAGUUCUCACAUAAAAGAGAGAAGUGUUUCACUUAUUAUGGAACGGAGGAAGUAUAAUAUAUGUAGUAUGUACUAAUAGAAUAAAGGCUGCUUAAAUGUGUGUGGGUCGAUCUUAAUAUAUAGCAGCUUCGUUUGAGCUUUAUAUAUGUAUGGAGUCCGAGUCAUGUUGAGACUUUAUUUGGUCGAUGUCCGCAACGGCUAAUAAUGAUCGAUGUAAUGGGUUUGUUUGCUUUUGACUUCUGCUCAAGCAAAUAGCAAUCAAGGUCUAAUAUUAUAUAUGUUAUUUACAAAUAUUUUGUUAAAA